GCCGGCUCAUUGCUUAUUGAGGAUUCAAAUAAUUAUCCUUGGCUAAUUUAAUUUGAUUUCCAGCUUUGAGUGCGGCAAGGAUCAGUUGGACUCCCUGCUUGGCAUCAGUGUUGAUAUGGGUGCUGGUGAUUUAGGACUGGGGAACAACGUUGAAGCCUGAAGGGAUUUUCGUUUGGGGACAAACUGCAUGGCAGAGUGCGUAGUCGUCAGCUGCAACAGUUGCUGCCCGUGAAGCAGUCCACAAGCACCCUUGGCCUGCCUAUUGUAGCAUCUGGCUGGGCACGGUGCUGAGUUGCUGAAGAGGCCAUAGAUGACCUUCCUGGAAUCAAAAUACAUCCAGUUUCUGCUUUCGGCUUAGCUACUAUCGCAGGGGCGAUCAAUCAUCAAUGUUGAAUUUGCAGGGUUCAAUGCUCUGCGUUACGUUGGUAUUGCCUCACAACUUAUGGAAUCAAGAAAGAAAGAUGGUUAAGCCUCCUACAUGCUGCCCUUUUUCGUGGUAGUUAGCACUACACUAGCUUUGCUUUUGAAGAGAUGCAUAUACAAUUUACUGAAUAUUAAGACAUGCCCAGAUAUUAGACAAUGCAGAUAUCUGCAAAAUUUUCAUCAACUAUUCUGCCAACCUUGAUAUACAUAUCCCUUUUGCAGGUUGUUCUUCACCUGAUAGAUAGAUGCCUAAAGUAUCUUUUGCCUAUUCUUAUGCUAACUUUCUUCUUUUGUUAUCAAGAAAUUCAGCUAGGAUGUGAAGCACAUGGCUUCAUAUUGCAGAGUUUGGAGAAGGUCAUACCAAAAUUGUUUGAAUAUCUAUUUUUUUACUCAGGUAUAUUAGGUGCAUGUAUCAACGUGCUAGAGCCCAAACGGACUGACCUUUAGCUGGUAAGGCCAUAAAGCUACUAAAGCAGAAAAGCAACAAGCACAGCCCACAUCCAAACUGCCUUAAUUGGUUAGCUCAGCACAACCAUCACUCGCAGGUUAGAGCAGCGCAUCCAUCACUCACCAGUCAGGUUUCCGGCCACUAAUCAAAACAGCUCAAAUGCCAUCGUCAGCAAGCAUAUCAUAAGCUAAAUAGGUAGCAUCGAACCUCAGAUCGCUGCAACUAUUAGCACAUCUCAUGUAACAUACCACAACAUCGGGAGACACCGCGCGCGCGCCAAACACUAGCAAAUUAAUAAAUUGGUCGGAAUCACUUCGCUGGUGAGGGAUGGUAUCCAUUGAUUAGAUUCCGAUGGACGGCGCAGAUCCCCCGAUUCCCUCCCGUCCCCUCUCCCUCCCUCCUCUUUUAACCACCCCGAGAAGCGCCUCCCCCUUUCGCCACUCGCCUCUCCCCACUCCCUCUUCGGCUCUCCCUCCUCAAGCAAGGCCACGAGAGCGAGCCGCCGCCACCGUCGCAACCACCACAAGGGGAUCCGUCCGAGGCGGUCAUGUCCACGAGGAAGCGCCCCCGGAACAGCGGCUCCGCGUCCCGGAGCAGCGGCGGGUCGUCCUCGUCGCCGCCGCCGUCGCAGUCCGUGAUGCGGCGGACAACGAGCCUGUCCGACCUCGGGCAGCAGCCGCCGGAGCCGACCGGGCGCGCGCCCACGCGGCCGGCUAGGGGGGAGGUGGCUGCGGCUGCGGUGGGGGCGGGGUCCGUGUGGGGCGCCGAGAUGAGGCGGCACUCGGCGGGCUGCUUCCCCGUGCCGGAGGCGGCGUUCCUCAAGGCCUGUGGGCUCUGCAAGCGCGGCCUCGGCCCCGGACGCGACACCUUCAUCUACAUGGGUGAGGUGGCCUUCUGCAGCCAGGAGUGUAGGCAGCAUCAGAUGAAUCUGGACGAGCUCAAGGAGAAGAAGUGCUCCACUCCGACCGGCGGCGGGGGCAGUGGCGGUGGCGGCUCAGACCCGUCCGGCAAAAGCAGCACCGUAGCGGCCGCCUAGCAUGGCCAGAGAGGAAAAAUGAAGUAAAAUUUUGGAACCCUUGUAUAGGGCCCAAAUGCAUUAGUCUCCAUCAGCUUAUGUAUAUCCUAUAUUUGUGGAGUUACUGUGUGUAUAUUGGUGGGAAGGGAAGGAAAUGGUGUAGAGGUUGGAAAUGGGCAUGCUGAUGUUUGCGACAGGUUUGCAAUGCAUCUGUGCCUGUGGGGGUGUGUCUUGAGCACAAGGGACUGCUGAAUCCUGGUGCAGAAUAGGACCUGGGAUCUGAACCUGUUUUGUUAAAUUUUCCUGAAGGAAGAACAUAAGUUCUCCGAAUCGUUGGCGAAUCCGCUUCUCUUCAAAAUUUGAA